AUGUUCUGCUCGGGUUCCAAGGCUUGCCGUCAGGAUUGGCCCGAGUCAGCGGACUCGGUCACGAUCAAGAACAUUCCGGGCCGCGUCCGGGCGCAAAAAGUAUUGUCGGCAGUGCGUGCACUGGGCUUCACAGAGGACGACCUUGUCUACUUGCAUCUUCCCGUGAAGCAGGGCCGGACCUUCUUCAAUCUCGGCUACUGCUUCAUCGGCUUUUGCAGCGUGGCUUUGGCAAGGCAGUUCUGGGAGAAGUCCUCGAACUUCGCGUUUCCGGGUCGCACAAGCCUGAAGGUCCCUCAUGUCGAAGCCGCCACAAGAUCGGUGAGUCGCAGUCGCUCUUCUUCCAUGAGUGGGGAGGUGCUCUGGUUCAGACGUGAACCCACAGCAUGA